CGGAGCCGGGCUGAGCCGGAAAAAGGGCCGAAGCGAUGCAGUGGACCGCGCCUGACAGUUUGCAAGGGGCUUCCGCCGCCGUUAUCUUAGAAAAACUGCACAAGCCUGGGAGCUAGUUGCCCCGUAGGAUGAGGGAGAUGCGCCUCGUUUACCCACUGGCUUUGAGAACCGCACAGCCGAGGGUCCCUGUCGACCCCGUUUGGAGACUCUGCAGCCCAACGCCCAGAGUAGCAGCUGCCGCCCGGCGCCGGGUAAGGGGACAGCAGCUCCCGGCACGUGCUUCCGGACCUGACCGGCGAAGCCUCGCCCCUCGCGCUUGCGCCCCGCCCCUUUCGGUAGCCCCGCCCCCGGCACGUACCACCGGGCGUCCUGGGGGGGGGGGUGAGGGUUGGGGCGGCCCGGUCGGCGCCAGCCUGCCGCACCCCCGUCUCAGCCUGGGCUUGUUACCCCAAAAGAAGGACUUUAUAGGGUCGCCAUGGGUCGGCCCGGAGGGUCGCGCCUGCCCCCCACGCUCGCCGUCUCCUGCCUGCAGCCCUCAGGACCCCCGGGGCUCCCCGAGUGCGCUCCUCCAGCCCCGCGCAGCCCGGAAGGGGCGGGGCCUGCGCGGCGGAAACUCUCCGGCGUGUGAGGCGCGUGUGCGGCGGGGCGGCCUCCCGAGCCCCGCGGUCCCGCUUCCCAGCGGCUCGGGCCCGCACGCUGCAGGGGUCGGGGCGCAUUGCCGGGAACGCAGCCCCCCGUCCUGAUCCCACAGUCACCUUCACCCCGUGCGCUCGGAGACG